AUGAAACGCAGCAGAAAUAAUGCAGAAGACGAUUUGGGUCCUUCGUCAUUUGAGAGGGAACUUAUGAUGCUUGAUGAGGCAGAUGAACUAGAUGAAUCCAUUCUAGUGGACGAAAGUGAUAUAGUGACGGCUGAGUCGAAAAUGAUUUUGCCAAAAUCAUGGCUCCGACCUCCCGUUCCAGCUGUCGAUCCUGCCAAUGAUAAAAUUAUCUUCCAACAAAUCGAUGUGGAUUUCUAUAAGGGCGAUAAACUCGAUAAAAUGCCUGGACCUAACCACAGUCCUGUUCCAAUUAUUCGUGUCUACGGAGUCACAGAGAGCGGAAACAGUGUUGUUGCCCAUGUACACGGUUUUAUGCCGUAUUUCUAUGUGGCUGCUCCUCAAGGUUUCUCAAAAAGCCAUCUUGCUGAGUUCAGAAAACAGUUAAAUCUCGUAUUGCUCAAAGAACUAAAAGGCAACCAAGCAGAAGGCAUCCAGGAUCUGGUUCUGAAAGUGGACUUGGUUGAAAAAGAGAGUAUUUUCGGUUUCCACAGCAAUUUAAAAUCCAUGUUCAUCCAGAUAGUUGUGGCUUUGCCUCGAUUUAUUGCAGCCGCCAAGCGUGUGCUUACAAGCGGAUUUUCGUUCGGUACUUUUUCAUCUUGGUGUUAUGCACCCUACGAAGCAAAUAUCGAUUUCGAGACUCGAUUUAUGGUGGACGUCAAUAUGACAGGAUGUUGUUGGAUUGAACUCCCUCCAGGGAAGUAUCUGAUGCGUCAGAGAAGUCAACUUGCUUCUCCGUCGAAGUCUUCUCCCAAGAAAUCGCGCCUUUUUCAAAUUCCUGACCAAUUCCUCUCGUCAGCCACCGGACAGACUCGUUGCCAAUUGGAGUUGGACAUUGGCUGGAAUGAUCUCGUAAUCUACUCCACUGAAGGCGAAUGGAGCAAAGUCGCGUCGAUUAGAAUCCUCAGUUUUGAUAUUGAAUGUGCUAGUCGAAAGGGUGUCUUUCCAGUGCCAGAACACGAUGCCGUGAUCCAGAUUGCCAAUAUGGUUAUCAAUUACGGUCAUUCCAAACCCUUCAUUCGUAACGUCUUUACCCUAAACACUUGUGCACCGAUAGUUGGUUCUCAUGUUAUCUGUUGUACAACUGAGGAGGAGAUGCUUUCUAGAUGGGCAUCAUUUGUGCGUGAGGUCGACCCGGAUAUGAUCACAGGUUACAACAUGCAGAAUUUUGAUCUGCCAUACUUGGUGAAUCGUUGUAAUCAUCUCAAAAUCACCUCCUUCCCCUUCUUGGGCCGAGUUCUUGGAGCCAAGUCACUCGUGAAGGAGAGUAUGAUCCAAUCGAAGCAGAUGGGUCGACGAGAGAACAAAUAUGUCUCAAUCGAUGGUCGUAUUCAAUUUGAUCUGCUCCAGGUGCUCCUGAGAGAUUACAAAUUGAGAAGCUACACACUGAACGCCGUGAGCUAUCACUUCCUACAAGAGCAAAAGGAAGACGUUCACCACAGUGUCAUUACAGAUCUCCAAAACGGUAAUGAGCAGACACGGAGGCGUCUAGCCGUCUACUGUCUCAAAGACGCUUACCUUCCUCUGCGUUUACUAGACAAGCUGAUGUCUGUAGCCCAUAAUGUGGAAAUGGCCCGCGUAACUGGUGUCCCAAUAACCUAUCUCCUCAGACGAGGUCAACAAGUUAAGGUUAUCUCCCAACUCCUGCGUAAAGCAAAAGAGCACGGUCUCUUGUUGCCUACUCAAGUACCAGGACACGGGGAUGAGUAUGUUGGAGCUACGGUUAUCGAACCUCGACGAGGUUUUUACAAUGAACCAAUAGCAACGCUAGACUUCUCUAGUCUAUAUCCAAGUAUCAUGAUAGCACACAAUCUCUGUUAUACAACUUUGCUCAGACCGGAGGAUAUUUCCGCUGCCGGUGGGAUCAGUAAUCUCUGCUCAAAGUAUGAGCUCGGUCCAGAUGAUUACAUCAAAACCCCCACGGGAUCGUUUUUCGUAAAGAAGCAUAUUAGAAAAGGUCUGCUCCCACUGAUUCUUGAACAGCUUCUAGCUGCUAGGAAGAAAGCUAAAUCGGAGUUGGCUGCGGAAACAGAUCCAUUUAAACGUCGUGUUUUGGACGGUCGUCAAUUGGCCCUGAAGGUUAGUGCCAACUCUGUCUAUGGUUUCACAGGAGCCCAAGUGGGAAAACUUCCAUGUUUGGAGAUUUCUGGUUCUAUCACUGGAUUUGGUCGUGAAAUGAUCGAGGAGACUAAACGUCAUGUUGAAGAAAAGUUCACAAUAUCAAACGGUUACAAGCACAACGCUCUGGUAAUAUACGGUGAUACAGAUUCCGUAAUGUGUAAAUUCGGGGUUUCCACAGUCGCGGAAGCUAUGGAAUUGGGUCGUGAGGGUGCAGAAUACAUUUCCAGCAAGUUUACUAACCCAAUUAAACUGGAAUUCGAGAAGGUGUAUUUCCCAUAUCUUCUAAUUAAUAAGAAACGCUACGCGGGUCUCUAUUAUACCAAGCCAGACAAAUUUGACAAGAUGGAUUGCAAGGGUAUUGAGACAGUGAGACGUGAUAAUAGUCCUCUUGUGGCAAAUCUUGUCAAUGCUUGUCUCGAGCUUAUUCUCAUUAACAGAGAUCCAAGUGCAGCUGUCAGCUACGCUCAGCGCACCAUCUCAGAUCUUCUCUGCAACCGGAUCGAUAUUGCCCAGCUGGUGAUAAGCAAGGAGCUGACAAAAACCGACGAGGAGUACUCGGGUAAACAGGCUCACGUCGAGUUGGCCAAUAAGAUGCGUCGUCGUGAUCCCGGAUCAGCACCUCAGUUGGGGGAUCGUGUGCCUUACGUCAUCACUGCAGUGGGAGGUAAAAAUACCGCUGCUUAUCUCAAGGCGGAAGAUCCCCUCUAUGUUCUACAACACAAUGUACCCAUUGAUGCCAAAUAUUAUUUGGAGAAUCAGCUUGCUAAUCCUCUUAUGAGAAUCUUUGAGCCUAUUCUUGGGGAAGCGAAGGCGAGGUCGGCCCUACUAACCGGUGAACAUACACUAGUAAAGUCAGUGGUCCACUCAAAGGUAGGCCAGCUAUCAGCUUUCACUCAAAAACGUGCGACAUGUAUCGGCUGCAAGGCCCUUCUACCAAAGGAUCGUGAAGCUGAAGCAUUGUGCACUUAUUGUAAACCACGAGAAUCAGAAAUCUACCAAAAGGAGGUAGAGAGAUUGCGUACCCUUGAAGCCAGAUUUUCGCGUCUGUGGACUGAAUGUCAGCGUUGCCAAGGCAGUAUUCACGAAGAAGUCAUAUGCACCAGUCGAGAUUGUCCUAUCUUCUACAUGCGUACAAAGGUAAGAACAGACUUGGAUGAGCACGUUGGCAUUAUGAAGAGAUUUGGAGACCCUACUUGGUGA